AUGGAGCUCCCCAGAGGCUCUUUUGUCGGCACAUGUCUGUUGCUGUUCAUACUUUACAAACUUGUCAAACUCGCAUACUACGUGGGGCAAGCCAGAAAAACGGGUCUGCCGUAUACCAUUGUUCCCGUACUCGAGACAGAGUUUAUUGGAAAGCUCUUGACACCUCUUAUUCGUCCCUUGUUCAAACAAAGAUUGUCAAGAGGCGAGGGCUGGCCGAGAUGGAUUCGCUUUUCGAUCCUUGACUGGGCUUGGGAAGAGAAAUACAGGAUUCACGAGGAGUUUGGUGAAGUAUUCAUCGUUGUAUCGCCAGAGGGCCUCAUAUGCUACAGCGCAGAUGCCGAUAUGAGUUGGGACGUCAUGAACAGGCGAAACGAGUUUCUCAAGCCGAGAGACAAAUACAAGGUUCUUGAGCCUUAUGGACCAAACGUUGUAACUACAGAGGGAAAAGCGUACAAUUUUCAUCUUCGCAUUACAGCUCCUCCCUUCAACGAUAACAGCGGAGCCAACGAUCUGGUCUGGAACGAAACUGCUGAACAAGCACGUACGAUCAUGGAACCCUGGGCUCAAGAAGACUCAGACCGCGACGUCUUGUUUGAUGUUGGCCGACUUUCUCUUGCUGUCAUCGCCUAUAUGGGAUUUGGAAGAAAGAUAGACUUCAAAGCUGAAGAUUCUGGUCGCCGUAAACCAAUUCCAGCAGGGUAUCAGAUGAGUCUCCAUUACGCGCUGAACCUGGUUACAACAUUCAUGGUCAAGAUCCUUCUCAUUCCCCAAUGGAUCAUGCGAAUGACAUCGAUGAAAGAAAUCGCUGUCGCGCAUGGUGAGCUCGAAAAGUACAUGCGCGAGAUGAUCCGAGAGGAGACGGCGAACCUAAACAAGGACAGCGAAUACCAGUCUGCCGCAAAGGGAAAUCUCCUCACGUCUGUCCUGCGAGCGUCGGCUGCGGAGGCCAAAGGUACUGGUCGAAAGCAAGCUUUCACUGAAGACGAGGUACUAGGCAAUCUUUUCUUGUAUCUGAUCGCGGGAUAUGAAACGACCGCAAACGCAAUGACGUAUGGAUUCAUUACCAUAGCUCUCAGGCAGGAUCUGCAAGACAAGGUCAUUGAAGAAGUAGAUGCGACCUGGGCCGAGGCGAAGGCUGAGGGACGCACUUCACUCAACUAUACGGACGAUUUCGAGAAGUUCAAGUACACUUACGGUUUCAUGUACGAAGUCUUCCGCUUGUACCCCGGCGUUUGCAUCAUCACGAAGAUGAUCCCGAACGACACAACCAUCACCGUUUACCCAGAGAAAAAGCCCCCACAGCAGCAUGUCCUGCCAGCCGAGUGCCGUGUCUAUCUCAAUGCUGACGCUGUUCACUAUCAUGAAAGAUACUGGCCUGAUGCUUGGGCGCUUAAGCCCGAGAGAUGGAUGGACACCAUAGAGAUCAACCCCAAUGAGCGCAGCGAAAAGAAGGUUGUUGCAUCAGACAAGUCGAGACAAGUAAGGGGAACAUUGAUGACCUUUUCCGGUGGUGCUCGCGCCUGUCUUGGAAGAAAGUUCGCGCAAUCUGAGUACAUCAGCAUUCUCGCUACUAUCUUGAAGGAGUAUCGCAUUGUGCUGGGUGAAGGCAUGGACGCAAAACAAGUGAAGCGGGAUAUCGAUCAUCUGGCGGCGGGGGCAGUCACAUUAGCUCCACUCAACAAAGUCAAGCUAGCACUGAAGAAGCGAACAGACGUCGAGACUACUUGA